UGCCUCGGAGUAAGUUGGUCUACUUUUGUUCUCCUGCUUCGAAGUUAUAUUUUAAGUUGUUACUGCUCAAGAAAAGACUGCUCGACUAAAAGAAAACCGUUUACUACGAUUAACUCUCUCUGCUUCAAUUUUGUUUACCGUGACCGUGUGUAACGCUGCGAUUCGAAGAUGGCUACCCUUACUACUCGUGCUAAUGUUUUGUCUCGUGUCGACCAAGAGAAUCCAGUCAGAGGCAAAUCGGUUGCAGUUACGAAGAAGCGUACAGCUGCACCUGUGACAAGACAUGCUCUUGGCACUGUUACCAACCAACGGGUCGACAACAAAGCUCCAACAGCCAAACGAGAAAUUAAGAAGCCUUCAACGAGACAGCAAGCAACUUUAAAGCCCAAAUCGACACAAAAUGCCACUAAAAAGCAAGUUUCAGAUCCGGAACAUGCACCUAUGGAAAUGGGAACCCCUAACAAAGUUCCGGUAGCUACACAGGAAGACAUUUUCGAUCGAACAAGCAAGCCAGAUGUUCACAACAUCGACGAAGAUGACUAUGAAAACCCACAACUUUGCUCUGAAUUUGUGAACCAGAUCUACCAGUAUAUGUUGCACCUUGAAGCCGAAUACCCAGUCAAGAAGCAUUAUCUGAAAGAAACGUCGUUGAAGUCGCGAAUGCGCUCGAUCCUAGUGGAUUGGCUUAUCCAGGUCCAUCACAGAUUCGGACUUCUACAGGAAACUCUCUACUUGACAAUUGCGAUUUUGGACAGAUUUCUACAAAUUCACCCAGUCGUUCGCACAAAACUGCAACUUGCUGGUGUUACCGCGAUGUUGUUGGCGUCAAAAUAUGAAGAAAUGUACGCGCCCGAAGUGAGUGAUUUCGUCUAUAUCACCGACCAAGCUUUUACAAGAACCCAGAUCUUGCAGAUGGAGAUUUUAAUGCUGAAAACCCUUGGGUUUAAUCUCGGACGUCCAUUACCGUUGCAUUUCCUGAGACGCAAUUCUAAAGCAGGAAAUGUCGAUGCCAACCAGCAUGCUCUGGCGAAAUACCUGAUGGAAUUAGCGAUGGUUGAUUACGAGAUGUGCCACGUACCACCUUCACAACUCGCCGCCGCUGCUCUUUGCCUAUCAACGAAACUGAUCGGUGGCGAUGACUGGACCCCUACCUUACAACACUACAGUCGAUACUCAUACGAAGAGAUCGCCUCGGUCGUAUGCCAUUUAGCAAAGAAUUUGAAAGCUGCUGAAACCAGUACAUAUUUGAAUGCCAUUCGCAAUAAAUAUUCAAGCCAAAAAGCCUUCCGCGUCUCACAGAUUGAUGAAAUUAAAUGCCCGUUGGUAUCAGAACUUGCUGCAAAAGCUUCCACGAUCUCUUUGUAACGAAAUAGUUUGGACUGUUGCGUUUGUCACAAGUUCAAGUAUUUACUUCAGUUCAACUAGACACUUUAUUCUAUCUUUAUUGGUGUAUUGAUGUGUGACGGUUGACAUGGUUACCUGGUAUCAGUGGUACAGAAACAGGUUUCAUACUCUAGCGUGAUUUUGUGUUUUUAUAUUUUAAUACUAUUCAUUUUUUUUCGCUUGUCUAAGGUUGCGAGAUAUUGUUUUCAUGUGCAUUAUUUUAUUCGUCUUUUAUUAUUAAACAAGAAUCGUGCGAAGAAGUUUCAUUAAAUCCAGUAUUAUAAAGUGGAA